GUCGAUGUUACAUUUCAUUUGAAUCAAGAUUCAAGUUAAAAAAAUAAUCAAAUAUGGCUGACGGUAAUGUCUGUUGUCAGUGAUUAUUUUCAUGGUUUCAGUGAAUUUAUAAAUUUAAAUAAUGGCUGAUUUUGACCCUCUAGAUAUUUUCAAAGCCUUCAACGAAAAUGAUGAAAGUGAUGAUGCUUCAGAAAGUGAUCAUGACGUUGAUGAGGCUGAAAAGGAUGUCAAAGAAGUUCAACCCGACACGUCGCUGGUGGUAGGAGAAAGUAGUCAACCUCAGGACGAUGACGUUGUUGAAGAAAAACCUGUGCUGGGCACAAAAAGGGUGUUGGACAGUGAAUGCAAAGAGGAUGAACUACCAUCAAAACUCAUCAAAAAUGAAAGCUUCAUGGAUGGAAUCAACUUGGACAAUCUAUCGUCUAGAGUGAAAGUGAUUACUGUCGAAACAGUGGAGAAAUGUGUUCAUGAGCUUGCAAUACCUCCAGACAUGGAGUAUGUGCCGCUGAGGCCCCUUGGCACACCCGCCAAAGAAUACCCGUUCAUUCUGGAUCCUUUCCAAAAGGAAGCGAUCCUCUGUAUUGACAAUAAUCAAUCCGUGCUGGUAUCAGCUCACACAUCUGCUGGAAAAACUGUUGUUGCUGAGUACAGUAUAGCAAUGUCACUGCGUGAGAAACAGCGAGUCAUUUACACGACACCAAUCAAGGCGUUGAGCAAUCAGAAAUACAGAGAAUUUCAUGAGGAAUUUAGAGAUGUUGGACUUGUGACUGGAGAUGUAACCAUCAAUCCAUCAGCCAGUUGUUUGAUUAUGACGACUGAGAUUCUGCGUAACAUGCUGUACCGAGGCUCGGAGAUAAUGCGCGAGGUGGGCUGGGUGGUGUUUGACGAGAUUCACUACAUGCGCAACAAGGAGCGAGGCGUUGUCUGGGAGGAGACGCUCAUCCUGCUACCGGACAACGUGCACUAUGUGUUCCUGUCGGCCACCAUCCCCAAUGCGCGUCAGUUCGCCGAAUGGGUCGCCCACCUCCAUCACCAGCCCUGUCACGUGGUCUACACUGACUACCGGCCCACGCCCCUCCAGCACUACCUCUUCCCCGCCGGCGGCGAGGGCAUUCAUCUCAUUGUCGACGAACAUGGUCAAUUUCGAGAGGACAACUUCACGGCGGCCAUGACAGUGCUGGCGAACGCUGGUGACGCGGCCAAAGGCGACCGAGACCGUGGCAGGCGGGGUGGCCAGAAGGGCGGCGACUCCAACUGCUUCAAAAUCGUCAAACUCAUCAUGGAGAGAAACUUCGCUCCGGUUAUAGUUUUCUCGUUCAGUAAAAAGGAGUGUGAAAUGUACGCUAUGAUGAUGUCGCAGCUCAACCUAAACUCGAACGAAGAAAGGGAACUUGUGAACGAAGUUUUCAAUAAUGCCAUGAGCGUACUUUCUGAAGAGGACCGCAAAUUGCCUCAAGUGGAAUUGGUACUUCCCCUCUUGUGGAGAGGCAUUGGUAUUCAUCAUGGAGGUUUGUUGCCGAUUUUAAAGGAAACAAUUGAAAUUCUGUUUUCUGAAGGCUUGAUAAAAGCGUUGUUCGCAACAGAAACAUUUGCUAUGGGUUUGAACAUGCCUGCUCGUACUGUUUUGUUUACUGGAGCCAGGAAAUUCGAUGGAAAGGAAAACCGAUCUUUGACGUCGGGAGAGUACAUCCAGAUGUCAGGGCGAGCGGGCAGAAGAGGUCUGGACGACAAAGGCAUUGUCAUCCUGAUGGUCGAUGAGCGACUCAGUGAGAAGUCGGCCAAGGACAUCCUACAGGGAGAAGCCGAUCCCAUAAAUUCGGCCUUCCAUCUCACCUACAACAUGGUCUUGAAUCUGCUUCGAGUUGAAGAGAUCAAUCCAGAGUAUAUGCUGGAGAGGAGUUUCUUCCAGUUCCAGAAUAACACCAGUAUUCCCAAUUUAGUGAACAAAAUAAAAGAACUUGAGGAGAAGGAGUCGAGGAUCGUAGUGCCAAAGGAAUCACAAGUUUCCUCUUACUUCAGUAUCCGAGAUCAUCUGAAACAGUUGGGUGCACGGUUUCAGGAAUUCAUCUCAAAACCAGAAUACCUCAUAUCAUUCCUUCAACCUGGACGUAUGAUUAAGAUCAAAGACGAAACAGAGGAAUAUGACUGGGGAAUAGUGAUCAACUUUAAAAAGUUGAACGCUUCGAAAGGUGGAAAGAAUCCGGCGACGUCGAAAGGCACUCUGGAGAUCGAAGUGCUGUUGAACCUGGCGGAAAGUCAGCUGAAGUCGCCGCCGAAGCCAUGUCCCGAGGGCACGGUCGGCGAGAUCGAGGUCGUCAAACUGUCCAACACGGUUGUCAAUCAGAUCAGCUCGAUACGACUUUACUAUCCGACAGAUUUGCGGCCGCCCGACAAUCGGAAGUUCGUUCUCAAGCUCAUCCAAGAAGUGAAAAAACGAUUCCCAGACGGUGUUCCAUUACUCAAUCCUAUCGACGAUAUGAAAAUCACAGAUCCUGGAUUCAAGGAAAUCUGUGACCAGAUAGCACAGUAUGAAGAAAGAUUAUUCAAACAUCCGUUGCAUGGAAGCCCUGAUCUUCAAGAUUUGUACUCUAAAUAUUCUGAAAAGAUAAAGGUGGAGAAAGAAUUGAAGAGUGCAAAGUUGGACCUGAAAUCGUCCAUGUCUCUGCUGCAUAUGGAGGAUCUGAAAUGCCGCAAAAGAGUGCUGAGACGCCUGGGCUACUGUACAGCGUCUGACGUCAUCGAAAUGAAAGGGCGAGUUGCUUGUGAACUGAGCAGUGGCGAAGAACUUCUGCUUACCGAAAUGAUAUUCAAUGGUGUAUUCAAUGACUUGACAGUUCCUCAAACAGUAGCUCUUCUCAGUUGCUUUGUGUGUGAUGAAAAAACUAAAGAGACACCCAAAAGGACUGAGGAGCUGAGAGGUCCACUGAGGAAAAUGCAGGAGUUGGCGAGGAGAGUGGCUCGGGUGAGCAUAGAGUCGAAACUGGAAAUGGAUGAAGACGAGUAUGUGGAGAGUUUGAGGCCUUCGCUGACCGACGUCUGCUACGCCUGGUGUCUAGGAAGCUCGUUUCUACAAAUAUGCGAAAUGACUGAUAUAUUUGAAGGUAGUAUAAUUCGAUGUAUGAGGAGGCUGGAAGAGUUACUGCGGCAAAUGGUGCAGGCUUCGAAAAAUAUUGGAAAUACUGACUUGGAAAAUAAAUUCAGCGAAGCCAUCAAAGUUAUCAAGAGAGAUAUUGUAUUCGCUGCCAGUUUGUACCUAUGAUCCGUUUCAUUGAAUCGUGUCCAUGUAUGUGUUCCAAGAAUUGAAAUUUCAAUUAUAGUUAUCCAAGUUAUGUAAAUAAAACUUUUUGUACGGUGAUUUUCGUUUACAUUCUUCGUUUUCUCGUGAUAAGCUGGAAUUGAAGUUCAUUGUGAUCGUAUCGGAUAAGAACUAUCUUAAAUAUGAGUGGAAUAUUUGGUAUUGUAAGUGAAGUUACUUAUUUUUAAAUCGGAUUAAAAAUGACGAUUUUCGAAUAAAAAACACUUUGGUAUUUGUU